CCCAACCACUGACCCAUCAGCUCCUGAUAAAACUCAGCCAUUCACACUGGCUCAUUCAGACUGGACCCAGUUUCUGGGCGAGCUCUGACUCUUUGCCUGUAUAGAUACACUCCCGUUUUAUUUCAUUUCAUUUGAUCCACUUUCCCAAAAGGAGAGUCAGUUUGUCUUUGUGUAUGUGAGAGAGAGGGAGAGAUCUUACCCCCUACCCUUCUCCCUACCUUGUUUCUCUCUCCCUUCCCCCCACCCCUGACCUCUCCAAUCUCCAUCUCCCCUUCUGCCCCCAGAUCCUGGCCUGCCCCUCUUAUGUAUAAAAUGGAUUAUUCGUACCUAAAUUCUUACGAUUCCUGUAUGGCAGCAAUGGAAGCCUCUGCCUACGCCGAUUUCAGUUCCUGCAGUCAGGCUAACAGUUUGCAUUACAGUCCCAUUCGCUCCAGCUUCGGGAGCGGCCCGGUCUGUCCGACCCUGACACCGGCUACCUGCAACAUGGGACCUCUGCGGGAACACCAGAGCUCUCCAUACACCACAGUGCCCUACAAGUUCUUCACAGACCACGGUGGGAUCAAUGAGAAACGGAAACAGCGGAGAAUCCGCACCACGUUCACCAGUUCUCAGCUGAAGGAGUUGGAGCGAGUGUUUGCUGAGACUCACUACCCAGACAUCUACACCAGGGAGGAGCUGGCAUUGAAGAUUGACCUGACAGAGGCCAGAGUCCAGGUCUGGUUCCAGAAUCGCCGAGCAAAAUUCCGCAAACAGGAGAGAGCUGCCAACUCGAAAGGGAACGGGAGCAAUCCUUCCGGGAAGAAGUCUGACCUUGUAUCUGAGGAGGACGACUUGAAGGAGGGAAAAUGCGCUGACCCUGAUAGCACGGCCAAUCCUGGCUGCCCUCCCUCCUCCUCCAGCUCCUCCUCCACCACCUCCUCAGGCCCUAUCUCCAGCAGCAGCCCCCAUGCAGUCAGCCUGCCCAGUCCCAAUGGCUCCCAGUCUCUUAAGACGGCAGCUGCCUGGCCCAACAAUGAGCUGCUGAAGGGCCAGGCCUGGCAGCCUACCGACAGUAUGAGCGGGCCUUUUGCUGGGGUGCUCUCCACCCUGCACAGAAAAUCCAACAUGCUCAAACCCAACCUGUUCUAGACAGUGGAAGAGAGACACAGAGAGAGAGAGA